AGGAGCGGGAACAUAUGGGAGAACAUUUGCAGGAACUUAUAGGGGAGCAUUCGCGGAAACAUACAGGGGAGCAUUCGCGGGAACAUAUAGGAGAGCACUUGCGGGAACUUAUAGGGGAGCAUUUGCGGGAACUUAUAGCACUCGCGGGAAGAACAUACGAUGGUGAAGCACUCAGAACCUAUAGUGAAGCACUCAGAACAUUCGACGGUGGAGCACUCAGAACAUUCGACAGUGAAGCACUCAGAACCUAUG